AGCUGCAUACAUGAAGUCCACCCAAGCACGCAUCAGUUCUCUGGGUAAAAAUGGAGGAAGUUCACAUGCUGAUGAUGAUAGAGGGACUCGCAUGUCCUGUAGACGUUUUGUUUAAUAACAGAAUAUCCAACCAUUAUGACGUGCUACAUUACAACUCAACAUCAGUUAUCUUAAAAUGUAUGCUAAAUCAUCAUCAAAUCUCCGGAAAAACUGUGAUCCACUGCCUGAAUAACAAGACCUGGGAUGGCAAAACUCUUUUAUGUGCUGUUGAUAAAUACAAGGAUUCGUUGACGUUAAGUCUGGUAAUCGUUUUCACAUGUAUGCUCAUUUCACUGCUCUUUUUUGGAAUAGACUUUUAUUGUUUUAUCAAAAAGAGGUUGAAAAUACGAAGAGAGCGUGCAUUGUAUCGUGACUACAUUAGAAGGCGCGAACAUCAGUAUCAUACUGGAAGAUGUCAAGCAUUUCCCAACCUGGGCUUGUCUAUUGUUCCUGAAAUCAAUGAAAGGAACACUGCAAACGAUGCUAUACGGGAUAACUAUGAAGAUUAUGAUGGAUUUUCACUGUCGGUCCCUUCCAGACACCAGUACACUGUGGAACCAAAAAAACACAACACGCCAUUUUCUUCCAAAUCAACUAAAGCGAAUCUUUCUAAGUUCAGCCGGGGGUUGAUCAUGUUCCGGAUGCAAUCUCGCCCUUACACGGAGCCACUAGACGACCCUAUGGACUAUUGAGCGUCUUGUCAGCCAGUCACUGUAGCACGGGGCUACUGGAGACACCACGUCAACUUUUUUUUUUAUCCUCAAUGGAGAUUUAGAUGAGAACUAUUUACACUUAGAAUAUUUGAUGCUUGUCAUUUAUAUUAGGUUUCAUACGUAUAUAA